CCAACAAUACAGGAACUGCACAAAUAAAUGUAGAAGCACCGUCCUUCUAAACUUCAAAGAGGUAUCUGGGAAUUCCGUCCGCAUUCAGGUCAGUCCAUAGCCGACACGUGCACCAUCGUCUCCACUCACUUUCCAUAAAUACCUAACACCAUACGCUUUUCCCUAUUUUCUUCCACACAAAACCCUCAAUCGCCGCUGGACGCCGUUUCCCGUCGGCAAAUCAAGCCUCAGAUCUCUCCUCCUCGCAUCAAGAUGGUGUCAGACGCUAGCAAAAAGAGAGAAGCGCAGAAGAAGGCAGCUGCCGCUGCCAAGCGAGGCGGAAAAUCUGCACAGGCUGCCGCGUCGUCUAAGGCUGCUGCAACAUCUACUGAUGCGAUUAACAGCGUUGACAAUGUAGCGAACGGAGUUGGGGAGCUUCAUAUAUCCGAUCGGACGUGCACAGGUGUCCUGUGCUCGCAUCCUCUGUCUAGAGAUAUUCGGAUCGAGUCUUUGUCCCUAACUUUCCACGGGCAUGAACUUAUUGUUGAUUCUGAACUGGAGCUCAACUACGGAAGACGCUAUGGAUUACUGGGAUUGAACGGAUGUGGUAAAUCCACUCUUCUCACUGCAAUAGGACGCCGUGAACUUCCAAUCCCAGACCAUAUGGAUAUUUUUCACCUUAGCCAUGAGAUUGAAGCGUCUGAUAUGACUUCACUUCAGGCUGUAAUAAGUUGUGAUGAGGAAAGGAUAAAGUUAGAGAAAGAAGUUGAAGCAUUGGCUGCACAAGAUGAUGGUGGUGGGGAACAACUUGAUCGUGUAUAUGAGCGUUUGGAAGCUAUGGAUGCAGCUACUGCUGAGAAGAGGGCCGCCGAGGUCUUGUUUGGUCUUGGUUUUAGUAAAAAGAUGCAGGAAAAGAAAACACGUGACUUUUCAGGAGGAUGGCGAAUGAGAAUAGCCCUUGCACGUGCCAUAUUUAUGAACCCGACUAUAUUGUUACUUGAUGAACCCACGAAUCAUCUUGACCUGGAAGCAUGUGUGUGGCUAGAAGAAACAUUAAAGAACUUUGAUCGUAUUCUUGUGGUCAUUUCCCACUCGCAAGAUUUUCUCAAUGGUGUUUGUACCAAUAUCAUCCACAUGCAGAACAAGAAACUGAAGAUGUACACUGGCAAUUAUGACCAAUACGUCCAAACCCGUUCUGAGCUAGAAGAGAAUCAGAUGAAACAGUACAAGUGGGAGCAAGAACAGAUUGCAUCAAUGAAGGAGUACAUCGCCCGGUUCGGUCACGGUUCAGCCAAACUCGCACGUCAGGCACAGAGCAAAGAGAAAACCUUAGCCAAGAUGGAGAGGGGUGGCCUUACCCAGAAAGUCACGAGGGACAGUGUCCUUGUUUUCAGGUUUUCAGAUGUCGGGAAACUCCCACCCCCUGUGUUGCAAUUUGUUGAGGUUAAGUUUGGGUACACUCCGGAUAACCUCAUCUAUAAGAAUCUUGAUUUUGGUGUCGACCUGGAUUCAAGGAUUGCCCUCGUUGGCCCAAACGGAGCAGGGAAGAGCACAUUGCUUAAACUCAUGGUUGGAGAUUUAACCCCACUGGACGGCAUGGUCAGACGCCACAACCAUCUGAAAAUCGCACAGUACCACCAACACUUAACAGAGAAGCUUGACAUGGAAAUGUCUGCACUCAACUAUAUGAUCAAAGAGUACCCUGGGAAUGAGGAAGAGAAGAUGAGGUCAGCAAUUGGAAGGUUUGGUCUGACAGGUAAAGCUCAGGUGAUGCCGAUGAAGAACCUGUCAGACGGGCAACGUAGCCGGGUGAUAUUUGCUUGGUUGGCAUUUAGGCAGCCGCACUUGCUGCUGCUCGAUGAGCCAACCAACCAUUUGGAUAUAGAGACGAUCGACUCGCUUGCAGAGGCUUUGAACGAGUGGGAUGGCGGGAUGGUUCUGGUCAGCCAUGAUUUCAGACUGAUUAACCAGGUUGCCCAUGAAAUAUGGGUUUGUGAGAAGCAGGCGGUUACCAAAUGGGAGGGUGACAUCAUGGACUUCAAGCAGCACUUAAAAAAGAGGGCCGGUUUGGGUGACUAAAAAAGAAAACUAAAACUAAAUAGAUCAUUUAUGGUUUGAGCCAUAUACUCAGGUAGUGGAUGUCUAUUAUUCGAUGGCUUAUAUUUAUAUUCUGUUCCCCAUAUAACUUUCAUAUGAAUUUUGCUCUUUGUAUUCCGGAGGAUUAUUAUAAUAGGUGGUCUGACCAGUGUGCGGAAUUAUUCUGCACGUGAGGACAGUCAGUUUAAGCAGUUGUCGGGGUUGGAAUGAGGUUGUCAAUCCCAGUUUUUUGGGUUAAACACCGAAGCUUCCCCAGUGGCUAUUUGCUGUAUUAUGUACUACAACUUCAUAUUCUUGUUAGUGGAUUGGUAGCUUUUUUCGGUCGACAGUGGCUGUAUUGUAGCUGAUAGUUUGAAUCUGAUCAUGGGAUGAAGGGUUGAAUAAUCCAUAAUAUCUUACGUA